AUGUACGAAGCUCAAGCUGAAAAUGCAGUUCCUGCCAAUCCUGCCCCUCCGAUCAUACAGAGUUCAGUUCCACUUUCCCACAAGCUAGAUGUCAAGGGAAACCUUUCCCAGAAUUGGAAACGUUGGAAACAAGUAUGGAACUCUUAUGAGAUCGUCACAAAUCUUAGAGUGCAAAGUGAUGAAUACAGAACUGCGACAUUCGUCACUUGUGUCGGCCCAGAGGCCCUAGAGAUUUAUAAUUCCCUACCAUUCGAGGAAGAGGAGGACAAACAGGAUAUAACUAAAAUCAUUGAUUUAAUGGAAAAUCAUUGUCUCGGUUUAACAAACACGAUCUAUGAACGGUACAUAUUCAACAACCGUGACCAAAAGUCUGGUGAAACGACAGAUGAAUAUUGUACACAACUAAAGUCUCUCGCGCAAACUUGUGAAUUUCAAAAUCUCAAGGAUGAACUGAUCCGAGACAGAAUUUUCUGUGGCAUCUCGGAUGAUGGUGUCCGCAAGAAGCUCCUACAACAGAGCAAGCUGACAUUAAAGUUAAGCAUUGACAUUUGCCGUGCAGCUGAGACCACUACCGCUCAAGUCAAGGCGAUGAAAUCUAGUGCAAGUGACUCUGUGCUUAAAUUCUCAAGCAGGAAAUCCUCUAAAGGUUCUUCAAGAGGUCAACAUAAUCGUGGAAGAGGUGGAAGCUCCAAACAUGACUCUAAAACUCAAAUGACUCUGAAAUUUGACUGUAGAUAUUGUGGCUAUAAACAUGAUAAAGACAGGAACAAGUGUCCUGCACUUAACGAAACAUGUAACCUUUGCAAUCGCGUUGGGCAUUUCAGCCGCAAAUGCCACUCUAGAAGCGCAAAAGAAAAGUCGCGAAACAAGCAUGUCCAUGCCCUCGAUGAUGAAACUACCGACGAAACUGAAACUGACACGGGUGAGGACAUCCUAUCUAUCAAUAACUCAAACAAGGGUUACAAGCGCAAAAUAUUCGCGAACAUGUGUCUCGGUGAGAAGGGCGAGUGCAUCACUAAAUUUCAAGUUGACUGUGGUGCCACUUGCAAUGUAAUUAGUGAACUAGAUCUGCCGCUUGGAACUAAAAUUAGCCCCACCGAUACGCAACUUACUACUUACAGCUCAGAUAAAAUUGUGCCGAUAGGCAAGUCGGUUCUCAAACUCACUAAUCCGAAAACUCUAAAGAAGCAUCGCACUGAAUUCGUGGUUGUUGGUAGAAAAGCUCAACCAAUCAUAGGUGCUCGCACAGCACAGCGCAUGAAGUUAAUAGAGGUACGUCAUGACAACAUCGCUGCGAUAGACUCUAGCCAUGGCCUCACAAAGGAGGAUCUGCGCAAGCGUUUCCCGGAAGUAUUCGACGGAGGCAUUGGUCGCUUUAAAGGGGAACCGCAGCGUCUCGAAAUUGACGAAACUGUUCCGCCUGUCAAACAGUAUGUGCGCAAAGUACCAAUAGCACUCAAAAAACCGCUCCAGAAGGAACUAGACAAACUUGAAAGCCUCAACAUCAUCAAAAAGGUGGACUCUCCCACAGAUUGGGUCUCCAGUCUAGUUGCCGUCAAGAAACCAAAUGGAACCUUAAGAAUCUGCAUUGACCCCAAACCACUAAACUGUGCACUAAAACGGAGCCACUAUCCAUUACCUGUGGUGGACGACUUACUGCCCAAGCUCGCCAAUGUUAAGGUAUAUUCCGUCUUGGACGUCAAAAAUGAGUACUGGCACGUAGAACUUGACGACCCAUCCUCGCUUCUAACUACAUUUGGGACCCCCUUUGGGCGCUUUAGGUGGUUGCGACUCCCAUUCGGAGUGAAACCCGCGUCUGAGCUCUUUCAGCGCCACCUCGACCAGGUCAUAAAUGGCGCAAAAGGUGUUGAACUGAUAGCUGAUGACAUGCUCAUAACUGGAGAGGGAGACACUAUAGAAGAUGCUAUCAAGAAUCACGAUCAAAACAUCAUUUCUCUACUCGAACGCUGCAGAGAGAACAACACAAAACUUAACUGGGACAAGCUCAAGUUCAAACUUUCAGAAGUUGAUUUUAGUGGACACUUGUUCACGACGAACGGACUCAAAGCUGACCCUAAGAAGGUCGAAGCCAUCGCUAACAUGCCAAAACCCACAGAUGUUGCUGGAGUACAGCGUCUCAUUGGCAUGAUAAACUACCUCUCCCAAUUUCUCAAAGGCUUAUCAGACGCCUGUGAACCGCUCCGAGAACUAACCAAGAAAGAUGCCGAACGGUUAUGGACUGCAAACCACGACGCUGCCUUCGAAAAGAUAAAACACUUGGCAACAACAGCUCCAGUGCUCAGAUACUUUGAUGUCCAUGAAGACACCACCAUACAAUGUGAUGCGUCCGACACUGGCUUGGGUGCAGCCAUAAUGCAAAAGGAACAACCUGUUCCCUACGCUAGCCGGGCUCUCACGUCGGCCGAGCGCAAUUACGCUCAUAUUGAAAAGGAGUUACUGACCAUUGUUUAUGCGACAAAGAAGUUCCAUCAAUACACGUAUGGCCGAAAGGUGAUAGUUGAAUCAGACCAUCGUUCAUUAGAAUCCAUCCAGAGAAAACCCCUUUUGUCAGCGCCAAAGCGAUUACAACGAAUGCUGCUCAGCCUUCAAGCGUACGACAUCGAAAUCAAGUACAAGAAAGGAAACGAAAUGUUUCUAGCAGACACACUAAGCAGAGCCUAUCUCCAGAGUGAAGACCACCAUGACACCCGUCAGAAUGUUGUUCUACAGUUCCAAUCAAUUCGAAUGACAGACUACACACCAAUCUCAAGUACAACCCUCAGAGAAAUUCAACCUGCCACACAGGAUGAUGAAGAUCUCCAGGAACUCAAGUCUGUCAUCCUGCAAGGGUGGCCAAUCAACAAACGAGACGUGUCAACUGCGUGCACGCCCUACUUCAACAUCAGAGAUGAGUUGUCUGUGGAGAACAACAUAAUAUUUCGAGGACAACAGCAAUGCCUAGUUCCAAGAUCUAUGCGACGUAAAAUCCUACAACGCCUGCAUCAAUCACAUGAUGGCAUAGAAGCCUGCCGAAGAAGAGCAAGAGACUGUGUAUACUGGCCUGGCAUCAAUGCUGAGAUAGCCGCUUUGAUCGAACAAUGUGAUACUUGCCAGACCUUCAUGAGAAAGCAACAAAAGGAAACACUACAACCACACCUGAUACCUGACCUGCCUUGGACAAAAGUUGGUUCAGAUCUGUUUUCCAUCAAUCAGGAGGACUACCUUAUUCGAAAUACCCCAACAGAAGGCAUGCAAAGUUCUCCAGCACAGCGCCUGUUUAGUCGUCGUACAAGGACCCAGCUACCCAUAACAAACAUUCAGUUAAAGCCAAAGACUCUGGAAGACGUCAACAGCAAAAAAAAGAAGAAAAUCGCAAAGCAAGUCCGAAUCUAUGAUGCAAAAGCAAAGGACCUCCCAGAAUUGAAAAUUGGUAACAACGUCCGCGUACGAUCCAUCCGACCAUAUCAAAAGGAAUGGCAGAAAGGACAAAUAGACAAGCGCAAUGAUAUCGUAUGA